AUGAGAGAUCGGCCCGUCAUCAGCAUCGAAAAUUACACCAUAUACUGCGGCGAUGCUGAUGUGAACAAAGUAGGUGGCUGCGCGAUAGCUGUGAGGAACGAUUACAAGAACCUGGUGGAGGAAUUUGGCUCAACGUCUUCUAGAUGUGCCUUCCUACGACUGCGGGAUCGCAGAGGACGUAAACUCUGGAUCGUAAAUGCUCACGCACCUACGGAAACCGCUGAGGACAACAGUAAGGACCCCUUCUAUGAUGAACUCAAUGCGUUGAUGUCUAAAAUACCAAGCCAGCAGGUGGUCAUUGUCGGAAUCGACGCAAAUGCGAAGAUGGGACUCGAACAGCAAUCCGAUGUGCUAGGAAAAUGGUACUAUCCAGCGGAGCGCACGUCGGACAACGGUGACCGUCUGGUCGACUUGUGCGAACAGACGGGCCUCAUCAUCGCUUCCACGUUUAAGAGGAAUCAUCGACGCCAUUAG